ACGGCUGACAUUCAAGAGGGGAGAGACAGAGAAAGAAAAAGAGAGAAAGACGGACGGAGAGAGGGAGAGAGAAAGAAGCUUUUGGAUAUUUUUGUCCGAGCGCCUUUUUGAUUGAUGGACAGGCAGACUGCGCCCCCCCUCCCGUCCACCUGCUCGCUGCUGCCCCCGGAGGAGGCCGGGAGGACUCACCUCGGAGGUGGGCUGAUGGCGGCUGCGGCGGCAGGGGCCGGGCUGGACGGAUCCGGCUCGGACUGCCCCGGACUCGGACCCGAGGGCAAGAAAGGUGGCGUGAUCGUGGGGCCGCCGCCGGUGCGUCAGGAGCGCGAAACAUGGAGCAGACAGAUGGACUUUAUCAUGUCGUGCGUGGGCUUCGCAGUCGGCUUAGGGAACGUGUGGAGGUUCCCCUACCUGUGCUACAAGAACGGAGGAGGCGUCUUCCUCAUCCCUUACCUGCUGAUCGUCAUUGUGGGCGGGGUGCCCAUCUUCUUCCUGGAGAUCUCGCUGGGUCAGUUCAUGAAGGCGGGAAGCAUCAAUGUGUGGAACAUCGCGCCGCUAUUCAAAGGUUUGGGCUAUGCAUCCAUGGUGAUCGUGUUUUUCUGCAACACCUACUACAUCAUGGUGCUGGCGUGGGGUUUAUACUACCUCGUCAAGUCGUUCAGUGCCGACCUGCCGUGGUCCACGUGCGACAACCCCUGGAACACCAACACCUGCGUGGAUGCCUUCAAUCUCCACCAAUGCUACAACGCCAGCGCCAACGCCUCCAUCGCCGGCAGCAACCUCACCUGCGCCCAAGUGGGCCAGGCCAGAUCACCCAUCAUCGAGUUCUGGGAGAACAAGGUUCUGAACAUCUCAUCGGGCUUAGACGAUCCAGGUCAAAUCAACUGGGAGUUGUUGUUGUGCCUGAUGGCCGUGUGGCUGCUCAUCUACUUCUGUGUGUGGAAAGGCGUUAAAUCUACCGGAAAGAUUGUGUACUUCACAGCCACCUUCCCAUACGUGGUGCUGAUCAUCCUGCUGGUCCGCGGAGUCACGCUGCCCGGAGCGUACGACGGCAUCAUGUACUACAUCAAACCUGACUGGUCCAAGCUGGAGGAGGCUCAGGUAUGGAUCGAUGCCGGCACGCAGGUGUUCUUCUCCUACGCCAUCGGUCUGGGAGCACUGACAGCUCUGGGUAGCUACAACCGCUUCAACAAUGACUGCUACAAAGACGCCUUUGUGCUGGCACUGAUCAACAGCGGGACCAGCUUUUUUGCUGGCUUUGUGGUCUUCUCCAUCCUGGGCUUCAUGGCGGCUGAGCAGAACGUGGACAUUUCGCAGGUCGCCGAGUCAGGUCCUGGACUGGCAUUCAUCGCAUAUCCAAAGGCGGUCAGUUUGAUGCCAGUUGCACCACUGUGGGCCGCGCUCUUCUUCUUCAUGCUGCUGCUGCUUGGUCUGGACAGUCAGUUUGUCGGCGUUGAAGGUUUUGUGACGGGCAUUCUGGAUCUGUUUCCUGGUAAAUAUGAGCACCGCUACAAGAGGGAACUCGCCGUCGCCCUCUGCUGCUUCCUGUGCUUCAUCAUCGACAUCUCCAUGGUGACGCAGGGAGGAAUGUACGUGUUCCAGCUGUUUGACUACUACUCGGCCAGUGGGAUGACACUCUUGUGGCAGGCCUUCUGGGAAUGCAUUGUGGUGGCCUGGGUCUACGGCGCCGACCGCUUCAUGGACGACGUGGCGCGUAUGAUCGGCUACAGGCCACUGCCUUGGAUGAAAUGGUGCUGGUCCUUCAUCACGCCAUGUGUGUGCAUGGGCAUCUUCCUGUUCCAUCUGGUCAACUACAAGGCGCUGACGUACAACAACACGUACGUAUACCCGUGGUGGGGCGAAGUGAUCGGCUGGUGUCUGGCACUCUCAUCCAUGUUGUGCAUCCCGGUCAGUCUGGUCUACAAACUGCUCCGCGCCAAAGGCUCCUUUGCACAGCGCUGGGCUCAUCUGACCAGCCCAGUGUGGGGGAGCCACCACCUGGAGUACAUGGCACCAGACGUCAAACCGCUCAACUCGCUGUCGCCCGCCAGUGACGAGAACAAAGUCAUCAUCUUCGAGAGCGUCAUGUGACCCCGAAAGUCAGCCUGCUCGCUCACUCGCACUUUAUCACACUCGUCUUCCUAUCCGAUCCGCCAAAUUAAAACCACUGUGAAGCAUCAGGUCUGGCACCAAAGCCAGGACCGGGUGCCGCCCACUCCGCCCGCACCCCCGGCAGCCCAAAAAGAAUAUACCAGCAGAGGAAGACGAAAGAGUGGUCGUGUGCGUUGCCUUACACUGCUGUCUUAAUGCAAUUUGUUGUUCACCAGCCAAUCAGUGAACUUUUAUUUUGUUGACGCAAGUAAGAAGUAUGUCUACUUUUAAUGCAGUAUGUUAUGAGUAUUUUGGGGCAGUAGGCCUACUGUAGGCUUUAACAAGGACUAAAGGGAUUUUGUUGUUGUUGGUUUAAAUGAGACACAUAAUACCAUGCCCAUCCACAAAAUAAUAGUGUUGCAAUUAGUGUAAUAUUUUUACAACUAUUAUCGAAUUAUUUCUAUUUGGAUGCAAACAUCAUGGCACUUUUACUUUUCCACCCUAACGUUCAGACCGCUAAACUUUGUGUUUGAUUAUAAGUGUGUAUGCGCGUGUGUCCAUUUUUGUAAAUUAUAAUCACCAAAAUCAGAAAACAUACCAAAUAUGGGUGAUGUAGGAUCUUCUUCCAACAAAGAUGUCAAAUCCAGGCCCAGGAAGUAAUAACCCUGCCACGGUUUGGCUUUAGGGAAACGAAUUCCCGGAAGCUGUUUGCCUGCCGGCUGGGUUAACUGCAGGUUGAUUAAAAGCAAUUGUGGCUAAAGCCAAACUGUCACAGGGUUUUUACUUUCUUGACAUGGAUUUGGCACCUCUGACAUUCAGGCGACGUGCCAAUCACCCGAGCCACCGCCCCUGAUGCUUCCUGUCGCCUUUUGCUUUUACAAUUGUCAGUGAUUUUCUUUGAACGUUUUACACAUCACGCAAGUCACACGACCAGCAAGCGGCAUGGAGCUUAAAGCAAAAAGACUUGAAAUCCGUAGGUACGUAAGAAAAUGUGAAAAAAUUGUAAAUAAUGUUUGUCGUUUUACUGUGAAAUGUGACUGGCAGUAAGUGGUGUUUAACCCUCCUGGAUGUCAGGAACAGCAAUAAUGCUGCUAGGGCGUGCUAAUUACCCUUUAGUGUCAAAACCGGGAAAAAGUCCCAAUUAACAUUAGAUAUCAUUAACUCAAUAAAAAGCAAUAUUUAUAGAUUACAAUGAUUCAGCCAUAACAAAUACGGCUUUUUAUGUUAUUUUCUUAAAAACAGGUGUAUUAUUUAACAGGGGGAUUAACCACAAAAAUGAAAAACUCAUCAAACACUAUUGCACAUGUGUGCGUGUGUGUAUAUAUAUAUAUAUAUAUAUAUAUAUAUCGGUUUUGGAUUUCUGUUACUGUGAAUCACCCCCCCCCCCCCCAACACACGCACACACAAUGCAUUUCAAUGGCCCACAAUUGUGAACAUGUUUGUUAGUUGUGGGUCAUCCUGGUCCCUAUGAAACUGGCAAGCCGGACCCAAUACCAUACCUGCGAUUGGUACAGCAUUGGUUCUGGCUUGCCAGACAAGGGCCAUACCCCCCACAAAUACAGGGAGUCCACUUUAGACAAAUAAACUGGUCACCAGUUAACAUCAGGGCAGAAAUAGAACACUUUACAGUUUCUCACAGGGCAGAGUAUCUUUCUAGAGAUUGGAAACACUAUUCAAUUCAGUAUUUUUUUUAUUAUUUAAAAAAUUUCCUGAAUUUUAGAUUUUUGUCUAUGUCAUUGAUAUGAGGAAAUAUUGAUAUCAUUACUUGGAUGAGUAAGUGCAUCAGUAAGUGCCAUUGUUUAGUUUAAAAUUGUACAAUUCCUCCAACUUUUGCCUCUCAAAAGAAAACAUCCUGACAUCUAUAGUCUAUCAUAAAAGCAAAGCCAUUAUCUUUGUGUUUAACCAAAAUAAUAAACUUCAAAAUGCAUAACUGAUGAA